UGAUUCGCUGAGCAUUCCCGCCUGGUUGCAAGCCGCAUUUCCUUCCCAGGAGCCCCGAGAAGCAUCCUCAGCCAAAGGCGCUGCGGUGGGGCCAGACGUGUCUGGGCUGCUACACAGUUGUCGCCACUUACAUGAUGGGCAACCAGCAGGAUAAAAUGGAGACAACAAAUGAAAAGGACUACUUGGGACGAAAGUUCAGUGUAGAAAAGGUGCCAAGCUGUUCCCAAGACUGGACGGAAGAAUUGCCUCUAGAGGAUCCCCAAGAGGCUCUAUUCGAGUUGGAGGAUGAGAAAUUGAUGCUGGUGUUGGAGAACAGCGGGGAGGAAGGGGAGGGCAGUUCUGAUUCCAACAUGGCAAACUCACCACUCAGAAAGCAAACAGAAGGGCAUCACAAUCGAGUUCCCAUGAACAACACUCCGUGUCGGGUCUCAAAGUCACGUAGAAUCAGACGCAUCCUAAAACCUCCAGUGGAUACUUCCAAAAGAAUAACUCGGUCCUUUUCCGCCGCCUCCUCCACAUCCUUUCAGCCAGAGGUCACCACGAAUAUGGAGCCAUCAGCAAAAUGGGCAAGGACAUCUUUUGUGUGGAAGUACUUCACGGUGGAUCCUAAGAACAAAUUUGUGGUUUGUUGCAAUCUGUGCUGCCGAGCUGUUUUUGGGAAGCCCGAUGGUUGUCAGCAGGUGGGAACCACCGCAAUGCACAGUCACCUGAUGAGGAGGCACAGAGAUGUCAUUGACAAGGCAGCAGGAAGCAGCAGAAUGGCCACCUCCAAGCCUCUGAAGCGGUCUGUGUCAGGACCUCCUGAAUCUCUCUCCACUCUGCUCCCCUGUGCAAUAGACCAACCAAUGCAACUCAUUUCGCCGAAGACCUAUGAGCAUUUCAAGCUAGGGGACGGCAACAUUGUGUGGGCACUGGAGGACCAUACAGUGAAAGAGACACUGUUGCUAAUGGCUGACAAACGUGGGGAAGAAAGAGCUUCUGGCUCCAAAAGGCCACAAUCCCAAUUCAUUCCCUCCUCCUCCACCUCCUUUGUGCCGAAGGUUCCUACCGAUACGAAACCACUGGCAAAAUCUGAAAAAGUGUCUGUUGUGCAGAAGUACUUCACCGUGGAUCCUAAGAGCAAAUUUGUGGUUUGUUGCAAUCUGUGCUACCGAAAUGUUAGCCUGAUGGUUGUCAGCAGGUGGGAACCACCGCAAUGUACAGUCACCUGAUGAGGAGGCACAGAGAUGUCAUUGACAAGGCAGCAGGAAGCGGCAAAACAACAGCCUCCAAGCCACGGACGCGGUCUGUGUCAGCCGCUUCUGAAUCCUGGUCCGCUUCACUCACCUGUGCAACGGAACAGCCAGUGCCAUUCGCUUUGCCAAAGACUUAUGAACAUUUUGGCUCAGGGGAUGGCAACCCUGUGCUGGAAAUGGAGAAUUGUACAGAAGGAGGAGCGCUGUCGCUACCUGGGGAAGGAUUGUCCCGCUCCAAAAGGCCACACUCCCUAGUCAGUUCCUCCUCCUCCACAUUCUUUGAGCCAAAGGUUGCUGCCAACAUGGAACCGCUGUCAAAAAGUCGGAAAGUGUCUUUUGUGUGGAAGUACUUCACUGUGGAUCCUAAGAGCAAAUUUGUGGUUUGUUGUAAUCUGUGUUGUCGAGCUAUUAGUCUUGGGAAUCCUGAUGGCUGCCAAAAGGUAGAAACCACUGCGAUGUACGGUCACUUGAUGAGGUGGCACAGAGAAGACAAGGCUGAAAGCAAAAGAACACCACCAUCCUUCCAUCCUUGGCAGAAAAGAAUUGCAAACAAGAUGGAAGAGCGAGGCUCGGUAGCACCUGAAGCAGGGAAGAGAGCAGGAGAAGCUCCUUGCGCCACCCAGGCUGGGGGCAGUGUAGAAUUUUGGAGGAGAAUGAUGGAGGAGACGCCGGGUGAGGACAACAGCAGACUGGAUGAACAGCAUCAGCGCUUCAGGCAGUUCUGCUACCAGGAGGCCGAUGGGCCCCGAGGAGCUUGCAAUCGACUGCACCAUCUUUGCCAUAAAUGGCUGAAACCAGAAAGGCACACGACGAGUCAGAUCCUGGACCUGAUGAUUCUGGAGCAGUUCCUGACUGUCCUACCCCCAGAGCUAGGGAGCUGGGUCAGGGAAUGUGGGCCAGUGACCAGUUCCCAGGCGGUGGCCCUGGCAGAAGGUUUUCUCCUGAGCCGAGUGGAGGAGGAGGGUCAGGCAAAGGGGAGGUUUUCCAAAGCAGCCACAGAUUUCCCAGCAUUAGAGGAUGCUCCACCAGACCCUACAAAGAGGCCGCUCUUCAGGAGGAUCGUGCAGGAGGGUGACGGGGCUGUCGCCGCUUUGGGCUCUGACAUCCUUUGAGGAGGUGGCUGUGCAUUUUACGGAGAAGGAGUGGGCUCUGCUUGACCCGGGCCAGAGGGCCCUACACAGGGACGUCAUGGAGGAGAACUAUGGGAAUCUGGCCUCUCUGGGAUUUCCAGUUCCUAGAUCUGAUUUCAUCUCCUGGCAUGGAGGAGGGGAGGAGCCGUUUCUGAAGGGCUCAGUAGAAGGGGAGAAAACAGCAGGUGAUGAACGAAGAGAGAGCAAUAAAGAGGGCAAAUGGCAAAGAAGGAAUGCUAAAGAAACUCAGAAGCAGAGGAAGAAAUCCCUUGCUUCUGAAGAGGCUGGCUUCCAUGAAAUCCCAAUAGUAGCAGAACAUCAUGAGGGAAACAAGAGGGAUAUUCAGAAGGGGGAGAAACUGUUGAAAUGCUCAGUGUGUGGAACGAGUUUCAAAGGUCAGAUAAACCUUCUUAAACAUCAAGGAACUCACGCAGGGAAAAGACAUAUAAAAGUUUGGACAACAAAAAGCAAUUCAGUCGCAGCUCUGACCUUACUGAAGAUCAGAGAUUCCACACAAGCAAGAAUCCCUAUAAAUGUUCAGUGUGUGGAGAAAGCUUCAAACACAGCACACACCUGAAAAGACAUCAAAGAAUCCACAUGGGAGAAACCCUACAACUGCUCAGACUGUGGAAAGAGCUUCUCUCGGAGCACCCACCUGAAAAGACAUCAGCAAAUCCACACAGAGGAGAAGCCCUACAAAUGCUCUGAGUGCGGAAAGAGCUUUCGGUGCAGCUCAAAUCUUACCUUACACCACAGAAGUCACACAGGGAAGAAACCGUAUAAAUGCCCCAAGUGCAGAAAGAGUUUCAGCUAUGUAUCAAGUCUUAAGGUUUAUCAAAAAAUUCACACAGGGAAAGAUGCUUGAUACAGCUUGCACAUUAGCUGACAUUAGAGAAUUCACACAGGGGAGGAACAAACAACUAGAGUGCAGAAACAUUUUCAAUCCUAUCUUCAGUCAUAAAUCACAGUUUAUCAUCCAAAAGGUGUAUUUUGUAAGCCAUAGGAUUCAGAUACGUUGGAGGGUGUGUGUGUUUUGUGUCAGGGGCUUUUUUUAAAGAUCUCCCCUGUGCUGUCAGCUUUGUCCAAUCUUGUUGUAU